UGUCAACCGAAUCUAUUGUUUUAAAAAAAUAUAACAUGUAUUAACUUAUUUUAUUUUGAAAAUCAUGAAAAAAAACUAUAUUACUUAUGGAACCCCUUUGAUUGAUGAAGAUGACGUUCCUCAAGACGAUAAUUUGUUAGGAGGAGGACUGCUUUUUAAGAGAAAUAAACCGGUUCACGCACAAGAUCAAGUGGUCGUCGACGAGAAGGGCAGGCGGAGAUUUCACGGGGCGUUUACUGGAGGAUUUUCAGCCGGAUUUUUCAAUUCCGUGGACACUAAAGAAGGAUGGAAUCCCAAGUCCUUCAAAUCCUCUAGGCAGGAUAAGAACGACCCUCUCGAGCAAAGGCCCGAAGAUUAUAUGGAUGAAGAGGAUUUUACCGAAUACGGCAUUGCGCCGAAAAUAGUGGAAGUCACUAACAAGGCUACGCGACAAAAGGCCGAAAACGCAUCAAUCAAAAACGCCGAAAUUCUUGGCCAGGAUUUUCUUUUCUUCAAAAACCUAUUCCACUUGCCCGACAAAAACACAAUAGGUCAUCUUAUAUUCCAAAAGAUGGGAGGCAAGCUGGGUCGGGGUGUUGGGGCAAAAGUUGUUAGGAAAAAGAAGCAAACCAUUUUCACUAAAUCGAACGCUCGCACACCAGAUCCUAAAACCUCGUCUAUCCCAUCAUCUUCCGAACGUGAACCACAAAGUGUUGAUAGUAAAAAGGUCGAAAAACUCCCAGGCGUUGUGAUUAAUACGGAGUACCUAAAUUUUGAGGAAUCGCUGGACGAAGAUAAACCCCUCCUCGCUGAAAAGUCAAAGGAAAUCGGCAAAAAAAUAUAUGGUUGCAGUUUACCUCCGGGAUUCAAAAGCUAUUCUCCAUCAACCCUGCCAAUAAAAGACUUUCAUAUCAAAUCUACCAUUACAGAAAAAACAGAAAUUUUUGAGUUUUUGCCGCCAGACAUUAACCCGAUAAUCAUCCUACCUAAAAAUGACUAUUAUGGAUUGGGUUACACCAAGACGUCGAAAAUGGAGCCAGCUACUUUGACCCAGAUGGCCGAAUCGAAAUAUACGAAAAAAACCUCCAAUUAUUUCGCGGGCAUAGGCAGCACCUUCGAGGAAACUAUCAGAACUAAGAGGACUAAAGGAAUCACUGGUCAGGCUUUUGGUUACGGUGCCUUAGAAGAUUCGGAAGACGAGUGCGAAAAACUAUUUCUAGAUGACGAAGUUAACGCCGAUGCCCCGGCUAGGAUAUUAGCCAAAUACGAUAUUCCGCUUUUCAGGGAACAAGGAAUCAUCAAUAUAGAUGGCAGUAAAGCGAAAGACGGAAGGGUCGAACACAGGAAAGGGGGAAACGUGUUCGGGAAAGGGGGAGUAAAUAUCGGUAGACAUGGAGAGACAAUCGUCGAAAUUCUUUCCGACUUUUCGCUUUCGUUUGUUCUUUCCAAUCAAUUUCCCGUCAAUCAUUCAAUCGAUUCAGUCGCAUUACAUCUGUUUCGUCGAGAUGCCUCUUUACAAAAUACGCAAUCACUCAAACACGAUUUUUCUCGAGACCUUUUCUUAGCCAAACUCUUAGCCCAAAAGAAUUCCGACCAAAAAAUUAGAAGUUUUUCAUAUCCCAAUCGAAUUUUCGGCCUUUUUUGUGAGAGGAUUUUUGAAAAUUCGCGCUAUCUUAACCCGAAGAAAAAGAGUCGGUGGAACACAGUCGAACAACAAACCACUAGCGGGGACAUGAAAAUCGAAGAGCGAGGCCGACUUCUGGGAGAAAAUCCUUUGCGAUAUAAUGAUAACGCCAAUAAAACUUCUCCCAUCAGUAAUCCCGAAUCAAUUUCAUUGAAUAUGCGCGAAAAUAAGGAAAUAUCGAAAGCCCCGCUCUAUACCCCUUUCGCCAAUAACCCGCUCAAAAAAGACAGAUUCUACAUGUUCCUCAAAAAUUUUGACCAACUUAGUCGGUUCAAAUCUGAUCCACUUUUGGACAAAAAUGACAAAACAUCUAAAGAAAAAGAUAAACUCAAACAGAUCCUCAAUUCUUUGUCAGGCUUAGAUAAAGAAUUCUUAUUCAAAUCUUUAAACUAUUCCGGCCUCACCGAAUGGGAAGCUGAACGCGAGAAGGUCGAAUUCAUCAAUAUCCUGCGUUUCACUGGAAUUUUUAAUUUUACUCAAUCUUCCCAUUCCAGUCUUCCGGUUCACACGGAUCGUAAAAAUGACCACAAAGCUUUCGAAAAAGAUUCUCUGGGCAUGAAUGCGUUAAUGAGUAGAUUCAGAAAAUCUGCCACCAAUCUCACUCUUAGAGAUGAGGAAAAUUCUUAUUUAAAAGAAAACGAGGAAGAAGCGGCCUUGGCGCGUUUGAUAGAAUCUAAGCAAUUCGGUUUAGGAUUGACACGUAUCAUCAGUGAUUGGCAUCCCGACCCUAUCGUUUGCAAAAGAUUCGGGGUCAAAUAUGUGGGAGAAGAUUUACAAAACGUCGGAAAUCAAGGAAUCAAAGAAAUCGAAGUGUUUAAUAAAGCUGCUUUGAACACGUCCUUGGUUACUGAUCCCCACUCUUCUCUGCCUUCUUUUCAAAAUCUACCCUUCCCAACUCAAAACACGGAAACUUCGCACAUUUUACCUAGCGAAUUCGCUAACCCUAACGAGGAAAAGGGCAAAUGGGUUCAGGAAUAUGAUGCGCGUUCUGAAUCCGAUGAUUCUGACAGUACAAAAAAGAAUAAAAUGAAAAAAAAACAUAUGGCUAUCGAUCAGCAAUACCAGUCAGCUGUUUCAGAAGAUAUUCUUAAAGCCAUAUUUGACGCAUCUAGCUCAGAAUCAGAGUUGGGUGAUGAAGGUGAGCUCACAAAAAUAAAUAAAUCUAAAGAUGAUCUUAUAGAUAAGUUUAUAAUGGAAAUUAUUGAAGCGACUCUGCCCUCUAAAUUAUCCUUACAUGAUUCUGGUAAAGAUGGGAGCAACGAUAAUGGGUAUCGAGAUGAAUAUCACUCUUCCACUCAAGUCUUUUCUUCACAAAUCAAGAAUUCGGAGUCAUCAGACCUUAGUCAUUCUAUAACACAUUCAGAUACACGAACAAAUAUAUACCCAAAAACUAACAAAGAAAACUCCGAGUCGGGUGGCGAUGAUAAAAGGGAAUUGGAACGUGCCAAAGUCGUUAAAAAGGAUAAAAGAAGGAAAAGACAGCAUAAAACGCGAAAUCAUAAAUGAAUUGUAUAUAGCCUUUUAAUAAAAUCAUUUACAUGGACUAAUAAGUGUGAAUGUAUCCACGAUUAGUCCUUUAAAAUAUUUAUUAUUAAUGUUUUAAAUAUGAUUGCCAAUAUGUGAUAUA